UGGAGUUAUAAAGAUCUCGUUGUCAGCAGAAAAAAAUAAACAUUAAUUAAAAGAUCUCGCCGCCGUGUUGCCUCCGUCGUGGUCGGAGAAAUAAGCACGUUACAAACUCUCCGAUCCUUAAAUCAUUUCAGAAUCUCUCUCUCUCUCUGACUUUUCACCAUUCUGAGUUGUCUUUUUGUCUUUUCUCCAUUUUCCUUCACACCAAUUUCACUUUUCUCCUACUUCCUUCAAUUUUCCGUUGACCGAUUUUCAUUCACCCCUUCGCAGAUCUGAGACAGUGUGUUUCUGUUUGAGAAUUGAGGAAGGUUUCAGGCCCAUGAUAUUUUGAUAUCUCUUAUUGAUAGGAAGACCAUGGCACGCGCUUCACCGAUACUUUUAAUAUGUUUGGUUCUUGGUACUUCCUUUGCUACAUAUAAUUUGGUGACAAUGAUAAUCCACUAUGGAUCUUCAGAAAAUGUAGCUACUGAUGAUGGUGGUGGAUUGUUUUUUGACCCUAUUAUUGAGAUGCCUGAACACGUAAAGAACCGAAAAACAUCUAAAGUGCUGUUUCAUGUUGCUUUAACGGCAACCGAUGCUCCCUACAACAAAUGGCAGUGUCGCAUCAUGUAUUACUGGUAUAAGAAACAAAGGGGUUUACCUGGAUCGGAGAUGGGAGGAUUCACUAGAAUUUUGCAUUCUGGAAAGGCAGAUAACUUGAUGGAUGAAAUUCCUACUGCUGUUGUUGAUCCUCUUCCGGCAGGUCUUGACCGGGGAUAUAUUGUUCUGAAUAGACCAUGGGCCUUUGUUCAGUGGUUGGAAAAGGCUAAAAUAGAGGAAGAAUAUAUUUUAAUGGCUGAACCUGAUCACGUAUUUGUACGCCCUCUUCCCAAUCUGGCAUUUGGAGAACAUCCAGCUGCUUUUCCAUUUUUUUACAUUAAGCCUAAUGAGAACGAAAAAAUCGUAAGGAAGUUUUAUCCUGAGGAGAAUGGACCUGUAACAAAUAUUGAUCCAAUUGGCAAUUCUCCUGUAAUUAUCAGAAAGGAUUUGAUUUCGAAAAUUGCUCCGACAUGGAUGAAUGUUUCUUUGAAGAUGAAACAGGACCCAGAGACUGAUAAAGCUUUUGGAUGGGUGCUAGAAAUGUAUGCUUAUGCUGUAGCAUCUGCCCUACACGGUGUGAGACAUAUUCUGCGGAAAGACUUCAUGCUACAGCCCCCAUGGGAUCUCGAAACUCACAAUAAGUUCAUUAUUCAUUAUACUUAUGGGUGUGACUACAAUCUAAAGGGUGAAUUGACUUAUGGUAAAAUCGGCGAGUGGAGAUUUGACAAAAGGUCACAUCUACAAGGACCUCCACCAAAAAACUUGCCCUUACCCCCUCCAGGUGUUCCUGAAAGUGUGGUGACUCUUGUAAAGAUGGUGAACGAAGCUUCUGCUAACCUCCCCAAUUGGGACACAUUGUAAAUAUUUUGUUUUAUUCAUCUUUAUAUUGAAAGUCCAUGUUUUCAUAGAUAAAAAAAGUGUAGACAUCGAGCCAAUAAUUUUUAUUUGUCUUCCUUGUUAGUAGUAGAACCAUAGAUCAAUUUGUACUACAACCAUACACCUUCUAUUCGACAAUUUGAAUGAAGGAUUAUAUAUUUCUUUUUGGGUGAAAUUUUAGAUCAUAUUUGGGCUCGUACCACAAUCCGAGAUAA